CAUUGUAUGUUCUGCCAGGACUGCUGAUACAAAAAUGCCUUAAAGAUCCUGCCUUUCACAUCCUAAUCUACAAAGGAAACAGGAAAAAGGAACUUAAACUCCCAGUGCUUAGACAGCAGCGAGACAGUUGUAGACUAGUGUCCAUGGGAAAGCAGGAAAAAAGGACUGUGCACUAAAGCACCACUAUAACUCUACAGGAUAGGAAAAAAAUAGGGGAGAAAUAUUAUGUGAGCUCUACACCGACUCUAUGAACUGCCGUGGAAACUGGAUGGAUGUAUUUUGGAAAGCAUGGAUUUUUUAGCAUAUUAUUUGCUUUUCAUUUGCAAAUUUCUGAUUUCAGGUGGAGUGGAAGCUCUUCGAGAUCUUAUCAUUGUGAAUUCUCUUCCUUUCGUUUCAAACCCUGAAACAUCUCUUACCUGCAUAGCUCCAGACUGGAGCUCUCCAGACUCUAUUACUCUAGUUAGAGACUUUGAUGCUAUUUUAAACCAGCACCAAGACCCCCUGGAAGUUACUCAAGAUGACACAAGAAGAUCAGCAAAAAAAGUUACGUGGAAAAAAGAGAAGGCAAAUGAAGCUAUAGGAGCCUAUUACUGCGAGUGGAAAACCAGAGAUGGAGUAACAAGGAUACGAACAAUGAAAAUGUCAGAGCAAGCAUCCUUCAUCCCAAACUCACUGACUGUCACAGCAAGCAAAGGGGACAAUAUAACACUUUACUUUGUGAAAAAGAACCCAACGGAAGAAGAUGCCUUAAUCUACAAAAACAGGUCAUUCAUUCAUUCUAUACCAAAGCACGAAGUACCACGUUUGCUGGAGAUUCCCAUAACAAAUGCUCAGCCCAAGGAUGCAGUCGUGUAUUCUGUCAGGUAUAUAGGAGGGAAUCAUUUUAACACCGCUAUGACCAGGUUGAUUGUGAGAAGGUGUGAAGACCAGAAAUGGGGGCCACAAUGCAACAAAACAUGUCCUAUAUGUUACAAUGGUGGUGUCUGCCAUGAGGACACAGGAGAAUGUAUCUGUCCUCCAGGAUUUAUGGGAACAACAUGUGCAAUGGCAUGUGGUGAUCACAGAUUUGGCACAACUUGUAAAGAAAGCUGUGGAGAAAAAGAUGGCUGCAAGUUUCACAUGUUCUGUUUAACGGAUCCGUACGGCUGCUCGUGUGCCUCUGGCUGGAAAGGGUUCAUGUGCGACGAAGCGUGUGCAGAUGGCUACUACGGACCUGACUGCAAGCUGAAGUGUCUAUGCAACAAGGGAACCUGCGACAGAUUUAAGGGCUGUCUGUGCCCCCCGGGAUGGAGAGGGAACCGCUGUGAGAAUGAAGGUACACCUGACAUACCACCACAAAUACUGGAGCUGGAAGAAACCCUAGAGCUAAAUGCUGGAACAGAAAUUAAGCUAACCUGCAAAGCCAGUGGAUACCCGCUUCCUGUAGCACAGCAAUUCAAGCUACUGAAACAGGAUGGCACUAUGUUUCAGCCUCUCUCAGUCAGCGACAGCGAUAAUGCAGCAAUUGCGCUGUUUAAGGUUGACAAGAUGCAGCCCCGAGACUCUGGCAUUUGGAUAUAUAGUGUGAAGACAGAAGCAGGAAUGACCGAGAAGCCUGUGUAUAUCUCAGUUAAAAUGCCACCGUACCCACAGCUUGCUCCAAAGUUGAACAGCAGUGGACCUGAUUACCUUAACAUCCAAAUGAAUGGUGAGCCAUACACUGGAGAUGGGCCAAUUGUAUCAGUCACUCUUUUGUACAGAGCAUCUACAAGAUCAGCUUCGUGGCAGAACCUGGAUGUCCCUGUACAUAACAAAAUUGUGAGACUAGAACAGCUGGAGCCAAGAACGGAAUAUAAGAUCUGUAUUCAACUUGGACGCAAAGGAGAAGGUGGAACUGGACAUCCAGGCCCAGAAGCCAUCUUUACCACAGAGGCACUUGGUCUUCCAUCACCUAAAGGUCUCACGCUGGUCCCUAAAAGUAAGUCAUCUUUAAACUUGACCUGGCUUCACGAAUUUCAGAGCUCCGAUGAAGAAAAGGAGUAUGAAGUCGAAUACAGCAAAGUUAAUAGUUCUGCUCAGCCUCAGACUAAAAAAAUGCCUGGAAAUAAAGCUGAAAUUAUUAUUGAUGGUCUGGAACCAAGAACGUUAUAUCAAUGCAAGGUCCGGGUGAACACCAAGUCCUUUGGUGAAUGGAGUGAGACAGUGUUUGGAUGGACUUACAGUGACAAAACACCUCCAUCGCCAUCAAAUAUCAACAUUUUUAACAUCACUGAUUCUUCUGCUAUUGUCUCGUGGUCCAUCGAGGAGGGCCAUUCAAUCUCAUUGAUCAUUAUUCGAUACAAAAUGUUUGGCAACACCGAGUACAACCAUGAUAUUAAGAUCCGAAAUAUUACCAUUGGCCACUACCUGCUGAAGGGACUGGAAUCCAACAGUCUGUACUUGGUGGAGAUAUGCUCAGAGAACAACGUUGGUGAAAGUACACAGAAUAACAUUAAACAACUAAUGACGCGUCAAGAAAUUAAGAGGGGAUAUGAGUCAAAGGAUGGAAAUGUGCUUCUCAUUGCUAUCUUAGGCUCAGCAGGAAUGACCUGUUUGACAAUACUGCUGGCAUUCCUUAUCAUGCUACAGCUGAAAAGAGCCAACUUUCAGAACCGGAUGGCACAGGCUUUCCAGAAUGGAGUGAGGGAAGAACCCGUUGUACAGUUUAAUUCAGGAACACUUACUCACCUAAAAAAAGCCAAGAAUGGACCAGAUCCUGUGGAUUACCCUGUCUUGGAGUGGCAUGACAUUAAGUUUCAAGAUGUGAUUGGUGAGGGGAACUUCGGGCAGGUACUCAAAGCCCGUAUAAAAAAAGAUGGUCUACGAAUGGAUGCAGCCAUUAAAAGGAUGAAAGAAUAUGCAUCUAAAGAUGAUCACCGAGAUUUUGCAGGAGAAUUGGAAGUCCUUUGCAAACUUGGGAGCCACCCAAACAUUAUAAACCUCCUUGGAGCUUGUGAGCAUCGUGGGUACCUGUACCUGGCUAUUGAAUAUGCUCCCCAUGGUAAUCUACUAGACUUCCUGAGGAAAAGCAGAGUACUGGAGACAGACCCAGCAUUUGCCAUAGCCAACAGUACAGCUUCCACAUUAACUUCCCAGCAGCUCCUGCACUUUGCGGCAGAUGUGGCCCGAGGCAUGGACUACUUAAGCCAAAAGCAGUUCAUACAUAGAGAUUUAGCUGCACGAAACAUUUUAGUUGGUGAAAACUAUGUUGCAAAGAUUGCAGACUUCGGUUUAUCCAGAGGACAAGAAGUUUAUGUAAAAAAGACAAUGGGAAGGCUUCCAGUUCGAUGGAUGGCAAUCGAGUCUUUGAACUACAGCGUUUAUACGUCAAACAGUGAUGUAUGGUCAUUUGGAGUUUUACUAUGGGAAAUUGUGAGCUUAGGUGGGACUCCAUACUGUGGCAUGACAUGUGCAGAACUCUAUGAAAAGCUGCCACAGGGUUACAGGCUUGAAAAGCCUCUGAACUGUGACGAUGAAGUGUAUGACCUCAUGAGGCAGUGUUGGCGAGAGAAACCAUAUGAAAGGCCGUCUUUUGCAAAGAUCCUGGUGUCUCUUAAUCGCAUGUUAGAAGAAAGAAAGACUUAUGUGAAUACAACCCUGUAUGAAAAGUUCACCUAUGCAGGCAUCGACUGUUCUGCUGAAGAAGCCGCCUGAGACAAGAAAAAGCAUUAAUCCCUCAGUAAAGAAGUUUCCAUGUGCAAUGUCAGGAUUCAUUUGUGUAUAAAGUAUUUGUAGAAUACAUCAUUGUUCCAUUGCACAUCCAAUAUGUAAAUACAACGCAUUUUGAGGUGAACAUGCGUUUUUAUGUGGUUUUGAACACUGAUGAGGUUCAUGGCUGAUGUAUUAACACUGAAUGUACCAUUUAUAUUUUUGUAGUUGCCAUAUAACAAAGUUUGUAUGAUCAUUAAAAGAAUGAAUGAUUCCA